GUCGAGCACAUUCCCACAAGAAUGGCUUGUCAUCCUCCGGUCAUUUUGCGGCCAUCCAUUUCCAUCGUUGCAAAAACAAGCCUUUUUAGCUCUCCUUAGUUGCGCACCACGUUAUCGAGUGUCGAUUAUUUGGAAAAAUGUUCCGCAAUCAGUAUGAUUCCGAUGUGACGGUUUGGAGUCCUCAAGGUAGAUUGCAUCAAGUGGAAUACGCGAUGGAGGCCGUAAAGCUUGGAUCAGCAACGGUGGGCUUAAAAAACAAGGAAUAUGCUGUGCUAAUAGCAUUGAAACGGGCCUCAUCGGAACUUUCAUCCUACCAAAAAAAAAUUAUAUCUGUGGACGAUCAUCUGGGUCUUUCGUUUGCUGGCAUUACAGCUGAUGCCCGAAUUUUAAGCCGCUAUUUGCGACAAGAGUGUCUGAACUAUAAGUACGCAUAUGAUGCGUUUUAUCCUGUGGGUCGUCUUAUUAGUACCCUUGGUAACAAAAUGCAAGUAUGUACGCAGCGGUAUGACCGGCGCCCCUACGGCGUCGGUCUUUUGGUAAUUGGCUUCGACGAUCAAGGGCCCCACAUUUAUCAGACAUGCCCGAGUGCCAAUUUUUUCGACUGCAAGGCAAUGUCGAUUGGGUCACGCUCUCAAAGUGCGCGAACAUAUUUGGAGAAGCAUCUUAACUCAUUUCCAGAAUGCACAAAAGAUGAGCUAAUCCGUCAUGGCGUACAAGCUCUUCAAGAUACUUUGCCAAACGAAGUUGAUUUAAACACUAAAAAUAUAUCGAUUGCAGUUGUUGGCAAAGAUGAAAAAUUCACUAUAUUAUCAGAAGAAGAUAACGAUAAGUAUCUAAGCAACAUUGUUCGCCGAGGAGGAGCCGCUUCUGAAGUGGGCGGCGGAAACCAGGCUCCGAGAGAUGAUGGAAACGAUCAACCACCAAAUGUACCAACCGAUCCGAUACCGAUUGUAGCGAUGGAGACCUAAUCGUUUAGAAACAGCAAGAACCACAGGAACAACUCUGCUAAUAACUUUUGAAGUCGGUGUAUUUCCAGCUGAUACACUUUUUUAACUCCAAUUGGAACACAUCAAUAAACGAGAAGCUACGUGUUAAAAGUAAACACUAUUGUUCACAAGA